GCAGCGGUACCGUUAGCAGGAAACCAAGCUCCCAGUCCGCUUCACUUUAAGGCGAAACAAAGACAAACCCUCCCUGGAGCGCAGCUUUGAAAAGAACAGGAAAAAAAUAUAACAUAGUUUCUUUUUUUAUUAAAAAAAAAAGGAAAAAAAAGUACCCUCGACUGGAGAGGGCGUUCAGUUGGCGCCGUGGUUCUGAUGGGAAAAAAGUUUUCUCAGCUGAAUAAAGAAGUUUAAAGGAAAUCUGUGCGGGAGGCAAACGACUGGAAAGAUGCCGAAAACGACCAGUGUGCGUGUUACCACCAUGGAUGCUGAGCUGGAGUUUGCCAUUCAGCCCAACACAACAGGGAAGCAGCUGUUUGACCAGGUUGUAAAGACCAUUGGAUUGAGAGAGGUUUGGUACUUUGGACUCCAGUACCAGGAUACUAAGGGUUUCUCUACUUGGCUCAAGCUCAAUAAGAAGGUGACAGCCCAGGAUGUGAGAAAGGAAAGCCCCCUAUUCUUUAGGUUUCGUGCCAAGUUCUUCCCUGAGGAUGUCACUGAGGAGCUGAUCCAGGAUGCCACACAGCGGCUCUUCUUCCUGCAGGUGAAGGAGGCCAUCCUAAACGACGAUAUCUACUGCCCCCCAGAGACGGCGGUGCUCCUGGCCUCUUAUGCCGUGCAGGCCAAGUUCGGCGACUACAACAAGGAGGUGCACACAUCAGGCUACCUGAGCAGUGAAAACCUGCUCCCUCAGAGAGUUCUGGAUCAGCACAAACUCAACAAGGAGCAGUGGGAGGAGAGGAUUCAAGUGUGGCACGAAGAGCACAAGGGCAUGAUGAGAGAGGAAUCCAUGAUGGAGUACCUGAAAAUCGCCCAGGACCUGGAAAUGUAUGGAGUCAACUACUUCAACAUCAAGAAUAAGAAAGGCACUGAGCUGUGGCUGGGAGUGGAUGCUCUGGGCCUCAACAUUUACGAACAGAGUGACAAAAUGACGCCUAAAAUUGGAUUUCCUUGGAGCGAAAUAAGGAAUAUUUCCUUCAACGAUAAGAAGUUUGUCAUUAAACCAAUUGACAAGAAAGCACCAGACUUUGUAUUCUACGCUCCAAGGCUGCGAAUCAACAAACGCAUCCUGGCUCUGUGCAUGGGCAACCAUGAGCUGUACAUGCGCCGCCGCAAACCCGACACCAUCGAGGUACAGCAGAUGAAGGCGCAGGCUCGGGAGGAGAAGAACCACAAAAAGAUGGAGAGAGCUCUGUUGGAGAAUGAAAAGAGGAAAAGAGAGGUUGCAGAAAAAGAGAAGGAAAAGAUUGAAAAAGAGAAGGAGGAGCUGAUGGAGAGAUUAAAGCAGAUUGAGGAUCAGACCAAAAAAGCCCAGCAAGAACUGGAGGAGCAGACUCAGAGGGCUCUGGAGCUGGAGCAGGAGAGGAAGCGUACUCAGGAGGAGGCCGAACGUCUGGAGGCUGAUCUGCGGGGAGCUGAGGAAGCCAAAAUGGCGCUGCUGCAGCAGUCAGAGAACCAGAUGAAGAACCAAGAGCAUCUGGCCACAGAGUUGGCUGAACUGACUUCAAAGAUCUCUCUUCUGGAGGAUGCUAAGAAAAAGAAGGAGGAGGAGGCGAAUGAGUGGCAGCAGAAGGCCACUACGGUGCAGGAGGACCUGGAGAAGACCAAAGAGGAGUUAAAGAACAAAGUGAUGGCAGCCCAUGUCCAGGAACCGCUCAAUGCCGAGAACGAGCACGAUGAGAACGACGAGAGCAGCGCUGAGGCCAGCGCCGAGUUUACCGCCGCGGCCACGUAUAAGGACCGCAGCGAAGAGGAGCGUAUGACCGAAGCCGAGAAGAACGAGCGUCUGCAGAAACAUCUACUUGCUCUGAGCUCAGAGUUGGCCAACGCCAGGGACGAGACCAAGAAGACGGUGAACGACGUCAUCCACGCCGAGAACAUGAAAGCAGGACGCGACAAGUACAAGACCCUCAGACAGAUCCGGUCCGGCAACACCAAACAGCGCAUCGACGAGUUCGAAUGCAUGUGAUCCGGUCGAACGCCAAAAACGCCCGUCCAGGUCGGGCCCUGCUGCUUGGACUGCAGUCCUGCCUCACUCCAGCUGUUUUAUUUCUGUACGCAAACAAAAAUCGGAUCAACGACGUGACGUAGCUGCAAAAGCACAGCGCAUUGUACAAAUAUGGAUGUGGAAAAUUUCAACUGUUAUUUCUAAAUUAGAAUUUUUAGCGAGUCACUGGUUGUAAAGGGACAUACUGUAUUUUGGUAGUCUAAAAGGGGGUUACUGUAGCAUAUUAGCAAAGGCCUUAUGCCUCCAUUUUGACAUAUUGAACAAAGAUCUUUUAGUUUUCUUUAUAUAUAUUUCUGUCACCCGUUUUAUGAAAUUAAAGUAAACAUUUGGCACUGCUUGAAUCUGGCCUGCAGACUUAUUAUUGAUGUAUACAUAGAACAAUUCCUCAUAUCAGGCUGGAUUUCCUUUUCUAAAUGCAGACAGUGCUUCUCGACCUCAGAACGCAUUCAGUUUGCAUCUUUGUUGAGGAGCAGAA